AUGCUGAAGCACAAAGACAUGAAGCGCCAUGCUCUCAAUUUUGCAGAGAGUGGCGACAAGUUUGCCAAGGCCUUUGUAGCUGCUUUUCAGAAGAUGAUUGGGUUGGGAUCGGCCAGAUGCUCAACCACAGGCACUGUAUGUGGAGCAUCACAAGUGUGCGAGAAGAAGUUGGACUCAGAGGGAUUCUAUAUUGAAGGUACAUGCAAAAGAAAUGAAGUCAUAGAUGGGCCUUUGUGUGACGCUGAUAAAUGUCCCGAACAUGUAGCUUUGAUGAAGGUGAUUGUGGCGAGAAUGACUGCAAUGCCGGCUGCACAGCGGAAAUGCGCGGAGACGCCCAGUGUAACGAAGCUUGCAAUGUCAAAGCAUGUAACUUUGACCACGGUAAUUGCGUCGAGGAUGAUUGUAGCAGAGGUUGUCCAAAGGCAUGGGGAAGGUGACUCGGAAUGCGACAGGGCGUGUAUUAACAGAGCGUGUAAAUGGGACAAUGGUGACUGUCCGGUGCCUUCUGAUAACAACAAAGACUGUGGUACACGGUUUUGGGGUGAUUUUAAUGAUUGUUGCUUGUCCUGGGCUUUCUUUGGGCAUUGUGAGAGACUCCCUAAAUACAUGCUGGCUUCGUGCCCCAAUGCGUGUCUUGUAGGCAAACGCUUCGAUCCAAAGUUGAAGAAGGAUUGGUCUGUCAAAUGCCCAUCGUUGGCGGCUGAUGGCCAUUGCGAGGAAAGUCCCGAGUACAUGUUGGUAGUGUGCAAGGCCUCGUGCAAACACGCAAUCCAUUAA